AAGUAUUUCUGUGAUAUUAAUUUUAUAUUUUUUUACGCUGUUAGAGAAUUCUCUAAUCAAAGUCUAGUACGUGAUCUAGUGGGAGGGCAGCCGCGUGAAUGAUCAUUAAAUGAAUAAUUAAAAAAUGAUUACGGCACAUCUGAAUCGAAUAGAAAAAGUGUAGACAGUCAUGCGCGAAGGUUAGAACUUUAGAUACUGCCAAUAGAAUACGCGGCUGCUUGCCAUCAGCUGCGACGGCUCACGACCCGAAUGCGUUCGAGUGCCGUGCAAAGUGGAAAAGCUGAAAGUGUUUGUGACCGUGUCUGUUUCUAGAGACAAGUUGAACAUCAAUUAAAAUUAACAUUAACGUAGUGAUUGUGCCAUAUAUGUAUACGAUUUAAUAUCGACAUCGUAAGUCCAUGUAUAAUCUUUAAAUGGGGGAUUUCAAGUUCACUACUGCGAACAGCUUAGGGAAUGCAAGUGCACCUAUAGAAUUCACGGCAGACUCGUCGGCAAUUACGACAUCGAGUUCAGCAUUUUAUACACCAGCAAAAUCAGUGCCGACGAGUCACUUAACGAUGCAGAAUGAAUUGAACGCCGAAACCACAACCGUUUCGUCUAUUAUCUCAUCUGAUAAAAUUACUACGAAUGCGAUAGUAAACAAUAACAAUAAUGGAUCUUCACAACCAAACAAAGAACAAAUAAACAGUAAUACGAACGAAAAAGUUUCACAAAGUGACCCGUCGCUAAAUGUUCAGAUUUCGUUACCUUACACAUCCGAAUCGAAUCUGAACGCGAGCAGUAACGCCAGUGGCGGUUCGCUAUGGUCGACGCCUGAGGAACAACAUAUGCCCAUGAACGGGAUCUCCUUCCAGAACUUCCAAUCGGGGGGCCUGUUCAACGGUUCGCUCGGCAUCAAUUCGGCCCAACGACGUCCGGUGACGGGUACGCAGAGUUACCAGCACCCUGUCGGGCGCGGUCUUUCUGUUCAACAGCAUAAUGCCUUCAAAAGUGGUUAUCCGACCUGGUCAAAUCCGCAGCCCAGCGCUUGGCCCUCCGGCCAGAAUCAGAAUGUAUUGGCAUCCUGGAAUCGUGGUCGCUCCGUGCCCAACCUAAACCCGAUGGCUGCACUUGCAGCGCGGAAACCAGCACCUGGACCGGCCGCUUACCUUCAACAUCCGGUUAUAUCUCCGGUUAAAUUCCGACGCAGCACCUCUUACCCAGGAAAGGUUCCAGGCUUCCACCAGCAACCGCAGCAGGCACCCUUCGAGUCGACAGUGCUAGACGACAUGAUGCCCUAUCAGGAUAGGCAUCAUGCUGGUAAUGGGGCUUCUCCGCUGGAUACGAUGCGAACGCUGGAGCACUAUCUCAAUGAUAUCAUGCGCGGAGGUGGAGAUGGUCCAUCGGAGCACAUCAAAGGUCUUUUGAAUUGUAACAGUCUUCAAUCCCUUGCACAGCUACACGGAAAAUCACCAUUUUUCCCUGGUCUCGAGGAGCAUAUGCUCGAAGACAGUGUUCUGUCUGGUGACGGUGUCGCGGCCGGCGUUGCUGCUCUGGGCGGCUCUCCGUCUCGGUCCUCACCGCACUCGCAGGGCAGCGAGGGCGGCGAACGAUUUUCAAGGAAAGUUUUCGUAGGCGGACUGCCCCCAGACAUCGAUGAAGAUGAAAUUACACAGUCAUUCUUGCGUUUUGGGCCAUUGGUCGUAGAUUGGCCACAUAAAGCAGAGAGCAAGUCGUAUUUUCCACCCAAGGGCUAUGCAUUUCUCUUGUUCCAGGACGAAAGUUCGGUGCAGCAGUUGAUCGACGCCUGCAUUACGGAUGAUGACAAGCUUUACCUGUGCGUCUCUUCGCCGACGAUCAAGGACAAGCCUGUCCAGAUUCGUCCGUGGCGCCUGAGCGAUGCCGACUACGUCCUGGACGCAACGAUGCCUCUCGACCCACGGAAAACUGUAUUCGUCGGCGGGGUGCCACGCCCUCUCAAAGCUGUCGAGUUGGCAAUGAUUAUGAAUAGACUGUAUGGAGGAGUAUGCUAUGCUGGUAUCGAUACAGAUCCGGAGCUCAAAUAUCCUAAGGGUGCCGGACGCGUAGCUUUCAGCAAUCAGCAGUCUUACAUCGCUGCGAUAUCAGCCAGGUUUGUACAGUUGCAACACGGGGACAUCGAUAAGCGUGUCGAGGUCAAGCCGUACGUCCUCGAUGACCAAAUGUGCGACGAGUGCCAAGGACAACGCUGCGGCGGAAAGUUUGCGCCAUUCUUCUGCGCCAACGUCACUUGCUUACAGUAUUAUUGUGAGCACUGCUGGGCAACAAUCCACUCUCGUCCGGGUCGCGAAUUCCACAAGCCCCUUGUGAAAGAGGGGGCCGACCGGCCGCGCGCCGUGCCGUUCCGCUGGUGUUAACGCUGGGGCAACUAGUAGCCCGCAAGAUAGGAGACAGAUGCUCGGAAACAGACACCCGUGAACGGCUCGGAUCACCGCUCGACAGGAGCCAUACGAUACACUACACCGGAUUGCGACACCAGACAGAUCGCAAAUUAUCAUUAGCACUCUAUUGUUUCUCAUCAUCAUUACAUCAAGAAAGGUUAGAACGAUACAUAUUUAAUAUUGAAUAUGAAGAAGAAUGGAAGGAUGUGUGUGAAAAGCUCGGAGGAGUUUUCAGAGUGAAUGAGAGUAACCGAAGGAUGCGUUCGUGGAAACGCUUUAUUUAGCCAUUUUGUAUCACAUCCUCGCAUUCGUAUCGAACGCCUUUUUGUCAUAGCUCAAUUUUCGAUGACGCAAACGCUUCUCAUCGACACAUCGCAGUUUUGCGUUAUGCGUAUUUACGUGAACAUAUCAUUGCUUUAAUAAUAGCAGAAUGUCUAUGAUUCGAAGUCAAUUUGAUUUAUUUGAACACUUGAUUCGGCAUUCGUGCAUGGUCACAGAAAUGAUAAAUAUUAUCGUUCAUUAUAGGGCUGUUUUAGUGCACUGUCUCAUAUUCGCUAGACUAAUUUUACUCUAGACAAUUGAAGUAUUUAAUCAUUUACUUUUUUAGACAAUUACAUAUAUAAUCACAAAGAAAUAUAGAAAAUAAUAUAUUCUAAUGGCUUCUUACUUGAAAUGAUAUCAGAAA